GUCUGAAAGCAGAGCCUUAACUUUAGCAAAAGACUGCCUCAACUCCAUCCGUCCUCCACUCAACUUGGAAGUCCAAAAACCUUCUACUUAAAAACAAUAGGAGUUAACACGUUCGCACUUUCUCCUCGGGAGAUUUACCUUCUUCAUGAAAAAGACAGAUAUUUCGCUUUUAAGAGUUUCUUUUUCGGUUGAGUUUUAUAAUGACCAUGACUACGAUGGCUGACGGUUUGGAAGCCCCGGACUCCAAAUCAGCUUUCAUGGAGUUUGGCCAGCAGUCCCAGCAAAGUUCUCCAGCCAUGUCUCACAGUCACUACCCGGUGCAUUGUCUGCACUCAGGACACUCACACCAGCACGACAGCUCGUACCCGGCCGUCAACACUUACAACAGACCUCUGCCUUAUCCCUACGUGAGUCACUCUCAUCACAGUCCUUACCUGCCGUCCUACCACAGCAACAACACUGGCAGCCAGACACGUUUAGACGAGGCAGAGCAACAAAAGACAACCGUGAUUGAAAACGGUGAGAUACGUUUCAAUGGGAAAGGAAAAAAGAUCCGCAAGCCUCGAACUAUUUAUUCAAGUCUACAGCUGCAGGCAUUGAAUCACCGUUUCCAACAGACUCAAUAUUUAGCCCUGCCCGAGAGAGCCGAACUCGCCGCUUCACUGGGACUCACGCAGACUCAGGUAAAAAUAUGGUUCCAGAAUAAACGCUCAAAAUUUAAGAAACUGAUGAAACAGGGUGGAAAUCCCCUGGAGAAUGAUUCUGUGUCCGGAUCGGCUGGUCUUUCCCCUCGUUCCCCAACCAUCCCGCCAGUGUGGGACAUCUCAGCUUCGGCCAAAGGUGUCAAUAUGGCCUCUAACAGUUAUAUGGCUGGUUAUUCUCCCUGGUACUCCACGAGCCACCAAGACAACAUGCAAAGACAGAUGAUGUAGCAUCCUGAAACCAAAAUCUUUCAAUGGAGUGAAUUCAAUGGGGUUAAAGGGAACCCGUCGUUAGACACUGCCCAGAUGCCCAGUCACCAUGUUGAAUGGAAGAUCUAGCAACGAUUACAGUCGCUAAAAGCCACGUUAAAUCGGACUGGCACUGGGCAAAAUGGAGGGAUGGUCGGUGACUGUAGACAUUACAAAAAGUCCGCCACUGUCUCCAGACAGUUCAUAAGAUCUGAUGAUCACAAAAAUACGAAUGCAAUAUGGAAGAUUUUAUGCUGAUUUUAAAACAGCGUGGGUUGGUGAUGCUAAUACGCACUGGAAGCAGAUAAAAUACACGUUGUAUGUAUAUAUUGUUUAAUUUUAGUUGUACAUAGUUUAUAUGGGUUAUGUUUCUUUUCAUAUUGAGUAAUAAAUCAUGAAAAAGUCAAUGUGUCUUGUGGUUAACUUCAUUAAAAAGUACAAAUAAAGAAUUUCACUUCAAGGAUACAGAGGCCAUUGACAAUAAUUCCCGCAUAGUAAAACCUGUACCGUUUUGAAAGGGAAAACGUGAUGUUUGGUUUCA